GAUCGGUCUCCGACCGUCGGUAUCGUCGCAAUGGCGCUAUUCCGUCAUAAUCAUGGCGAUAAGUUGGCUAGCCUGCUCCUGACUGUCUUUAAAGGCGUCUCUCGUCGCAAUUUGCCUUUUUCCUGACUUUGACCCUCAUUCAACUCUAACUUCACACAAAAUGGCACCCUCAAAUAUUACGGCAGAGGAAAUCCCCACCCUCCUCGCCAAUGACAUCAAAGUCAAAGUCGCUGGCAUCGACUGCGAUGGCAUCCUCCGCGGAAAGGUAAUGUCAAAGGAGAAGUUCCUGGGCAUCGUGCAGAAGGGAUUCGGAUUCAGCUCCGCCGUCUUUGGUUGGGACAUGCAGGACGUGCUCUACACUACGGAUGCGAAGAUUGCGCCGGCAGACUCGGGAUACGUGGACUUUCUUGCCGUUCCGGACCUGAACUCGUUCCGUCGCAUCCCUUGGGAAGAUGACAUUCCCUUCUUCCUGGUCCGUUUCGUUCAGAAUGACAAGCCCGUCUCUGCGGAUGGCCGGAGCAUGUUGAAGUCGAUAUGCGACAAGUUGUCUGCCAAUAACUGCCAGGGAAUGGCUGGAGUGGAAUUGGAGUUUAUGAAUUUUCAGACCCCCUCCGAAGACGGAUACGGUGCAAACGCCUCACAGACCCGCGACAUCGCCGCCUUUCUCGAUAAGAACGCCCCUGGCGCGCUGCGCCCUUUGACUGCAGGCAGCUUCUCCUACAGCGCGACGCGACCGGUGGCAUUCAAGAAAUAUUUCUACGACAUCUUCGAUACCAGCGCGCGGUUUGACUGUGGCAUUGAGGGGUGGCACACUGAAGGCGGACCGGGUGUAUACGAAGCGGCUCUGAAAGUAUGCGGCGUCAGCGAGAUGGCCGACAAGGUUUCCUUGUUCAAACUCCUGGCCAAGUCGAUAGGCGUAGAACACGGCAUCACCCCCUGCUUCAUGGCCAAGCCCAUGCAAGGCCAGCCCGGUAGCUCCGGACACAUCCACGUCUCGCUCUGCGACUUGGAGGGGAAGAACCUCUUCGCACGAGACACCCCCGACACCAACGCCCCGUGGCCCGAUGCAGCAGGACUGUCGGACCUGGGCCGCCAGUUCCUCGCGGGUGUGCUGGAAGCGCUUCCUGACAUCAUGCCGCUGUUCGCCCCCACAAUCAACUCCUACAAGCGCCUGGUGGAGAACUUCUGGGCCCCGGUCAACAUCAGCUGGGGUCUAGAGGACCGCAUGGCGUCGGUCCGCAUUAUCACACCGCCAGUGUGCAAGCCGGGCGCGACGCGGUUCGAAGUGCGCAUCCCGGGCGCGGACUUGCAUCCCCACUACGCGCUUAGCGUGAUCCUUGCUGCUGGCUGGCGGGGUGUGGAGAAGAAGUUGGAGAUCACGGUGCCUCCGGUGUCCGCGCUCAAAUCGACCAACACCAAGGCGGCUCUGCUGCCAAACACGCUGGAGGAGGCGCUGCGGCGGUUCAACGCGGCGGACAGCAUUGCGCGGGAGAUUCUAGACCCCGAGUUUGUGGAGUUUUUCACCGCGACGCGCGAACACGAAUUGCGGGUUUGGCGGGAGGCGGUGACUGAUUGGGAAUUUAAGCGAUACAUUGAGACUGUAUAGUAUGAUUUAGCACUUGAUAUCCAUAGACGAAUUUACUGUGAUUUUAUCGUGAC